GCUGGCUCUGUGUGUGCGACUCACAGCGGCUUCAGCGUGUUCCCAGACACUCCUCCUCCGCUUUGUCGUUUGUCGUUCAUUUUUUAGGGUUUAAGCGAAUGUCAUCCCGUUCAUGCGGUAGAGAGGGCCGGGAAUUAUCUCAAUUUUUUUCCAUUGUCGCGUUCACUUAGUAUUCAGGAGUAAUCGGCGACAACGUAUUUGAACGGGGGUGGAGUAACAGAGAGAGGCGAAGAUGGGGAGAGAUAAGUACCGGGAUCGUGAGAAGGAUUAUGGAGACAAGGAGCAUUGGGAGCGAGAGAGAGACAAGGAGCGUAAGCACCGGGAGCGGGAGAAGCGAGGAGAUAGGGAUUUGGAGAAGGAGCGAGACGAGAGGAAGCGAAGUAGGCGUGAUGAUGAUGGAGUGGAGGUCAAGGACAAGGAAAAGGAGCGCGACCGAAAGGGGGGAGAGAGAGAUAGGGAGGGUAAAAAGGAGAGGGAUAGAGAGCGCGAGCGUGAGAGGGAGGCUGAGGAGGAGCGGGAUCGGAAACGAAGGAAGAAGGAUGAGGAUGAGAGCAGGGAGAGGGAAGAAAUCAGGGAGAAAGAGGAGCGUGAGCGUGAGCGUGAGAAGGAGAGGUUGCGGGAGAGAGAGAAGGAACGAGAUAGAGAAGAAGAGAGGGAGAAAUCGAGAGAAAGAGAGCGUGAACGAGAAAAAUCGAGAGACAGAGAUAAGGAUAAAGAAAAGGAGAAGGAUAGGGAAAAGGGAAGGGACAAACACAGAGAGAGAACCAGAGACAAGGAUAGGGAUCGAGAACGUGACCUAAGAAGUGGUGAAGGAGAUAGGGAUCGGGAUAGAAAGAGGAGAAGGAAGGAAGAGGACGCAGCACGAGAUGAUUUGAAAGUGAAAAAAGAUCCUGAAAACGAUGAGGACCCUGAAGAGGAGCAGAAGAGACUCGAUGAAGAGAUUGAUAAGAGACGGCGAAGAGUGCAGGAGUGGCAAGAAUUGCGUCGGCGGAAAGAUGAAGAGGACCGACAGAAGCGAGAAUCGGUGCAGGCCGAUGCGGACGUUGUAUCUUCGCCUAAGAACGCGAAGAAGACUUGGACUUUGGAAGGUGAAGAUUCUGAUGAUGAGGAGGAUGCAGUUUUGCCGAAGUCUGGGGGCACAACAGCUUCUAGAGUAGCUGCCUUCGACAAUGGAGACUUAGUUAUGGCUGAUUUCGGUGGUAAUGGAAGUGGGGACCCUGCAGCCAAAUUCGUUAAGUUGAAACCGAAGCGGGAAGAUAGCGAGGAGGAGAUUGCAGCACCAAUCCAAACUGUCAAGGUUAAGCAGGAAGUGGAGGAGGAGGAAGAGAUCGAUCCACUUGAUGCAUUCAUGAACUCGAUCACCAUCCCAGAGGUGAGUAGUACCGAUGCUGUGGAAUUGGAUGCUCCGGAAUCCAAACCAAUAGUUGCGAAGUCGGGUUCUGGAAAAGGUCAGGAUAAUGUUAAACCUGUUAAGCGAAAUAAUAGGAACACUCUCGGCCGAAUCAUGCCCGGUGACGAUUCUGCCUCCGAGGAUGAAGAUGAUGGAGAAGGAAAGGAAGGUGAUGAAGAUGACGACGAGUUUUUGAAGAGGGUUAAAAAGACCAAAGCAGAGAAAUUGGCUAUUGUGGACCAUUCAAAGAUCCAGUAUCCUUCCUUCCGUAAAAAUUUCUACAUCGAGGUCAAGGAAAUAUCCCGUAUGACUAAAGCGGAAGCUGAAGCAUAUAGGAAAGAGUUGGAAUUAAAGAUUAGAGGAAAGGAUGUACCUCGUCCACUGAAGACGUGGAACCAGACAGGUUUGAACAGCAAGGUCUUGGAUGUAAUUAAGAAAUCAGGUUUCGAAAAGCCAAUGCCCAUUCAAACGCAGGCACUUCCAAUUAUUAUGAGUGGAAGAGAUUGCAUUGGGAUUGCAAAGACCGGUUCUGGUAAAACGUUGGCUUUCGUGUUGCCCAUGCUCCGGCACAUUAUGGAUCAGCCACCCCUUCAACAAGGGGAUGGGCCGAUAGGAUUGAUCAUGGCUCCAACAAGAGAGCUUGUGCAACAAAUAUACAACGACAUUAGGAAGUUCUCAAAGGUCGUGGGGUUGACAUGCGUGCCAGUAUAUGGCGGUUCAGGUGUAGCGCAACAGAUUAGCGACCUUAAAAGAGGAACAGAGAUUGUGGUGUGCACACCUGGUCGAAUGAUUGAUAUUCUUUGCACGAGUUCUGGGAAAAUCACAAAUUUGCGACGUGUGACUUAUCUUGUGAUGGAUGAAGCAGAUCGGAUGUUCGACAUGGGUUUUGAACCUCAGAUAACUCGCAUUGUCCAAAAUACUAGACCAGAUAGGCAAACAGUGCUCUUUUCAGCUACUUUUCCUAGGCAGGUCGAAGUUCUUGCUCGCAAGGUUUUAACGAAACCUGUGGAAAUUCAAAUCGGUGGACGAAGCGUUGUUAACAGUGACAUCACGCAGACUGUGGAAGUUCGCCCAGAGAGUGAAAGAUUUUUACGAUUGCUUGAGCUUCUUGGAGAGUGGUACGAGAAAGGAAAAAUCCUUGUUUUUGUACAUUCUCAAGAGAAGUGUGACAGCUUGUUCAAGGAUUUGUUAAAGGCUGGUUACCCAUGCCUGUCAUUACAUGGUGCUAAGGACCAAACGGACAGGGAGUCCACUAUCACAGACUUUAAGACAAGUGUUUGUAACUUAAUGAUAGCGACAAGUAUUGCUGCGAGGGGUUUGGACGUGAAGGAGCUUGAGCUGGUGGUAAAUUAUGAUGUCCCUAAUCACUACGAGGAUUACGUGCAUCGUGUGGGUCGCACAGGUCGUGCUGGACGGAAAGGGUUCGCUGUGACUUUCAUAUCUACUGAAGAGGAGAGGUAUGCCCCAGACCUUGUAAAGGCAUUAGAGCUUUCAGAGCAGCCUAUUCCUGAGGAUUUAAAGAAACUAGCAGAUGAUUUUAUGGUGAAAGUUAAGCAGGGUAGCGAGCAAGCUCAUGGCAGUGGAUACGGAGGCAGUGGGUUUAAGUUUAAUGAAGAGGAAGAUGAGGCUUUAAAGGCAGCCAAAAAGGCUCAAGCCAGAGAAUAUGGUUUUGAAGAAGAGGAGGACAAGUCAGAUUCAGAAUCUGAUGAUGAAGGCAUUCGUAAAGCAGGUGGAGAAAUGUCAUCGGUGGCCAACAUGCACGCAGCAGCCCUAGCCGCAGCUGCGAAAGCUGGUCUACCCGCACCAAUGAAUCCGGCAUUAGCUGCCAACCCACAGUUACAAGCAGCUUUAGCAAAUAUGGCUCAAGCUGCCGUAGCCAAUCAAGCAGCUGCUGCAGCAGCGGCAGCGGGAGCAGCUGGUCUGCCUGCAAUGCCCUUCCCUAGUGUGGGAGUGCCAGGACUUGGAGUGAUGAAUAUGCCUGGCAUGCCAGUGAUGCCAAAUAUGGCACAAAUUAUGGCUUCAAUGAGCAUGCCCAACAUGGGCCAAGUCUCGAAUCUGCAGCAAAUUGCCAAUCAGAUGGCGCUGGCCAAUAUGGCAGGUGCCAUGGGUCAUCUUGGUUCUCCAAUGUUGGGGAUGGCUGCUGGCGCAUCUGCUACAGCAGGAUUGACCGACGGGAAUCCAGCUGCACGAGCAGCUGCCAUGGCCGCUGCGUACAACCUUCAAAAUAAUCUGGCAAAGAUACAAGCAGACGUGGCUCCCGAGAGUUAUGAGAUCGAGCUCGAGAUCAAUGACUUUCCUCAGCAUGCUCGCUGGAAAGUUACGCAUAAGGAUGCUUUGGGACAGAUCAGUGAAUGGACUGGAGCAGCAAUUACCACUCGAGGUCAGUAUUUUCCUCCUGGAAAGGUCCCGGCGCCUGGAGAACGCAAGCUAUUCUUGUUUAUUGAGGGCCCUACUGAGGCCUCUGUUAAGAAAGCCAAGGCGGAAGUGAAACGCAUUCUUGAGGAAUCAACCUCAGCGGCUAUUCAACUCCCAGGGCCAGCUCAACCUGGAAAGUACUCAGUAUUGUGAGUUGCUAAAAUCAGGCUUGGAGCUAGAAGCUAAGCGCUAUUUGGAGAACCAAGAGCCGAAACUCGAAGCUUUUCAGCUCGUGCUUGGGACAAUGUGCUGUACGAACCGUUGUCUGGGUACUUCAAACAUCUCAGGAUGUGGCUGUCUGUCAAGACUAUGUCAUCAUGUUUUGACAUUUCUUAUAUUGUACCAUGUCCUUUUUGACAGGCAGGAUUGGAAAUGUAUUCUUGACAUAGUUUGGAAUUAUCACGUCAUCGACUUUGUAGUUUAGUUGAGACUUUUACUGUAUGGACAACUGAUAAGUAAUGUGGACGUUUUUUCUUGUACUUGAACAAGCUAAUAAACAUGUGAAAAUGAGGGAAGUCUAUUUGCAGCUCUUUCAAACUGGUGCAGCGUAGCAAGGCUAAGUAUUCUGAGUACGAGAUUUUCUGGUGUGUUGAGUGUUUUUAUCAAUAACGCCAUCAUUGUUGGAGGGAUUCGCCUUGGUAAGCUGAGAAUUUGUUUCCAAGGGUCUUUAAUUUAUUAGGAAAGACUGUAACGGUUGCUGCUUUUGUUGACUAUAAGUUAAGGUUAUAUCCUUGAACUCUUUGCGCAGGGAGUAAAUUAUCUAUAUAUAUAUAUAUAUAUAUAUAUAUAUUUUGAAUGAAUAUGCAGGCGAUUGUUAAGUGCUCAACGUUCCAUAUUGAGUAUACCGGUAGAGGAUGGAGAUAUUUCCUCGGACGUCAUUCAAGAGAGAUGAUUUCGCAACUUGACAGUGCAUCAGUGCCGGGUUGUACCGGUUCUUUUUAUCCGUCAGUCGACCUGUAAGAAAGAGUCGACUCAGCGUACUGUUUUUCAGUGGAUUUGGAGAACAUUGAGAAGCCAUUGUCCAACAUUGAGAUUCAGCUAUUUUUGGAAGAACGGUGAUACGCCGUGUUCCCACAUGUAGGCCUAUGAUGCAUUGAAGGUAACGAUCAGAAUGAAUGGUCGAGGUCGCAAUUGUACAGUGGGGUACAGAAAUAAUUCGAAUUUUUUUUCAAAGUGAA